AAAAUAUUAUAAAGCAGAGAGGAGCAAUGGUUAGUAAGAGAAAUAAGCAGUAAGUUAUACUUUCCAAUAUUUACUUAAUUAUUUUUGAUCUCUAAGGCUACAGCAGUCUCUGCUUUUCAAUCAGUAAAUCACAUCGGUGACGAGACUCCGCUGAGAAUGCUCCUGAUGUUGAGAGGUCUCUCUCCCAUGUCUCCUCAGGCGCAGCGACCCUGCAGGCCGCCCUCACUCUUGGCAUUUAACCAAAUUGGGAGAGAACCAACCAGAGGGCAGCAUGAUGCAAAUCACUCCGGGCACGAUCGGCAGUCCUUGGCCCCAAAGGUACCAUUCCAGCUCCUCUACCAGUGACCUCUCCAACUAUGACCACGCGUACCUGAGGCGAAGCCCUGACCACUGCAGCUCCCAGGGGAGCAUGGAGAGCCUGGAGCCCAGUGGGGGAUACCCACCCUGCCAUCUUCUCUCCCCUGCCAAGUCCACCAGCAGCAUUGACCAGCUCAGCCACCUCCACAACAAGAGAGACUCGGCGUACAGCUCCUUCUCCACCAGCUCUAGCAUCCUAGAGUAUCCGCCCCCCGGCAUCUCUAGCCGGGAGCGUUCAGGCUCCGUGGACACCACUUCUGCCCGGGGCGGCCUCCUAGAAGGGAUGAGGCAGGCAGACAUUCGCUAUGUCAAGACAGUCUAUGAUCCCCGGAGGGGAGUCUCAGCAGAGUAUGAGGUGAACUCUUCAGCCCUGCUUCUCCAAGGGAGGGAGGCCCGAGCAUCAGCAGAUGGUCAGGGCUAUGAUAAAUGGCACAGUGUUCCUCGGGGCAAGGGGGCGCCCCCCCCAUCCUGGAGCCAGCAAUGCCCCGGUUCCUUGGAGACGGCCACUUCCAGCCUGGCUCCUAAAGCGGCCGCACCGCUGCCCCCAGCUCGGAGCGACAGUUAUGCAGCCUUUCGGCAGCGAGAACGGCCCAACUCUUGGUCUAGCCUUGAUCAGAAGCGGUUCUGUCGGCCUCAGGCAAACGUCGCAGCCUCCCUGAAAUCUCCCUUCAUAGAGGAACAGCUGCAUACUGUGCUAGAGAAGAGUCCAGAGAACAGCCCCCCGGCGAAGCCCAAGCAUAAUUACCCCCAGAAGGCCCAACCUGGCCAACCUCUACUGCCAACUGGCAUCUACCCGGUACCUUCUCUGGAGCCACACUUUGCCCAGGUGCCUCAGCCUUCUGUGAGUGGUAACGGCACGCUCUACCCAGCACUGGCCAAGGAGAGUGGGUAUACAGCUCCCCACGGAGCUUGUGACAAAAUGGCUACCUUUGACGAGAAUGGGAACCAAAAUGGAUCUAGCAGGUCUGGGUUCGCCUUCUACCAGCCUCUAGAACCUGAUUCAAUGUCCCUGGUAGAGAGGAAACCUGAAACUUCAGCCAAAUGUGUCCCCUACAGAGUCCAUUUCCCUUCAGUACCUGAAAAUGAGGAGGAUACCUCACUGGAGAGACAGCUCGCCCCUCUCCACGGCAGCAGCCCACAUCCCAACGAGAGAAAGAGCACCCACAGCAACAAACCAUAUUCUAAUCACCACAGCCUCAAAGUGGGUGAAGACAAGAGAUCUUCCAGGCCCUCAGAGCCCUGGGAGGGUGAUUUACACGCAGACCACAAUGCCAACCUGCAGCACAGGCUGGAGAGGGAGAGCCUAGGCCAGAGCCCACCGAACAACUUUGGCAGGACCAAGUCAGCCUUCUCCUCUCUCCAGAACAUUCCUGAGAAUCUAAGAAGGCAGAGCGGCGUGGAGCCAGGAAGAGGAGCCCAGGAGGGCUACCAGGAUGGCAGGUCCACCUGUGUAGUCAACAGCAAGGGGGAGGACUCUGGCAGGAAAGCUGUUCCCGAUCACAGGAGCCACCUGGACAGGCCAGUUUCCUAUCCAAGGCCCGAGGCGAGAACCAGUGCCUUGGCCUCUUUCCCAAGUUCAGACCCAAGGCACGAGGACCCUCCCUCUCCACCCCACCAGCAGACAUCCAGUCUGGGCCGGAGGCGGCUCAGCUCCAGCAGCGCCUCGGCUCUGCAGGGCUUUCAGUAUGGGAAGCCUCACUGCUCCGUGCUGGAGAAGGUUUCCAAGAUAGAGCAGCGAGAACAAGGGAGCCAGAGACCCCUAAGUGUGGGCAGCUCUCAUUAUGGCCAUAACUACAGGCCCAACAGGACCGUUCCAAAUUCUCAUCCUUUUGGGAAGGACUUUGAGGAGACAAAAGGCAAUAUCCGUUUUUCCGACUCCACUGAACCCAUAGGCAAUGGGGAGCAGCAGCACUUCAAAAAGGAGGAGCCAAAGCUGGAAGAGGUUACCCGGCAGCCACACAGUCAGCAGUUGAGGAGGGGUGCGGAUGGCGGCUGUGGCCCCCAGCUCCAAGGCAGCGAGCCCCCGAGGUGGGACACGCACCUGCUCCGCAGCCAGAGCACCUUUCAGCUCUUCGGCGAGACGGAGCAGGAGCCCGUGUGGCUGGAUGACAGGCCCAGCACGCCCGAGUCGCCGGUGCUGGACGCCCCUUUCAGCCGUGCCUACCGGAACAGCAUCAAGGACGCGCAGUCCCGCGUCCUGGGGGCCACCUCCUUUCGACGCCGGGACCUCGAGCCGGGGACACCCGCGGCUUCGAGAGCCUGGCGUCCAAGGCCCGCCUCGGCCCACGUGGGGCUGCGGAGCCCGGAGGCGGCGGCUUCCGCCUCCCCGCACACGCCUCGUGAGCGGCACAGCGUGACCCCGGCCGAGGGCGACCCUGCCCGACCCGCGCUCCCUGCCACCCGAAGGGGGCCGCGCCGUCGCCUGACCCCCGAACAGAAGAAGCGCUCCUAUUCGGAGCCCGAGAAGAUGAACGAGGUGGGGAUCUCGGAGGAGGCCGAGCCGGCGGCCUCGAGCGCGCAGAAGAAGGGGCUGCGUUUCGCCGAGAGCACGGUGGCGGACCGGCGCCGCAUCUUCGAGCGCGACGGCAAGGCCUGCUCGACGCUCAGCCUGUCGGGCCCCGAGCUGAAGCAGUUCCAGCAGAGCGCCCUGGCCGACUACAUCCAGCGCAAGACCGGCAAGCGGCCCUCCUCUGCCGCCUGCAGCCUCCAGGAGCCCGGGCCACCGCGGGAGCGCGCCCAGAGCACCUACCUGCAGCCCGGCCCCGCGGCGUCCGAGGGCCCCGGCCUCACCUCGGCCUCCAGCCUCUGCUCGCUGCGGGAACCGAGCCUGCAGCUCCGCAGGGAGGCUGCCCUCCUGCCUGCCGCAGCAGCGGCGGGGGACGUGGGGGAGUCCCCACGGGCCCCCAGAGAUCGCAGCAGCUCCUUCGCUGGUGGUCAUGUCUUUGGGGAACUGCGACGUGGGGACCAAGCCCCGAGGGAGCUGCUCGCUGGAGCUAACUAUGGGCCGAAGGGCACCCAGAGGGUGGACAGGACCCCUGGGGAGCCCUCCUCGUGGGGGGCCGCAGCCAGGAGGGCUGGGAAGUCCAUGUCUGCUGAAGACCUGCUGGAGCGCUCAGACGUCCUGGCGGUUCCUGUCCAUGUAAGAUCACGGUCCUCUCCCACUGCAGAUAAGCGUCAGGAUGUGGUUUUGGGGGAAAACAACAGCUUUGGCCCUGUGAAGGAUCCGUAUUAUUUGGCUGGCCCUGGGUCCAGGUCCGUCAGUUGUUCAGAAAGAGGCCACGAAGACAUGCUGUUGCUCAAACACCAUCCUAGCCUUCGUUGGGGUGGUUCAGGCUGCAAAGCAGUUGGUGGUUCCUCUGUACCCAGCGAAUGUCCUGGACCCCUGGACCAUCAGAGGCAGGCCAGCAGAACAACGCCUUGCCCCAGGUUGUUGCCCACAGGAAUGCAAGGGCAUCUCACAGACACUAGGGCUGCAUCCCUGACCCCGCUCAGCUCAGCUCUGCCUUCCCCUGUUCCCUCCAGCUCCCAGGCUGCGACCGAUCAGCUGACUGGAAGGGACUGUCAGACAGGGCAACAGCCUCUUCCUCCAUACACCCCAGCAGUGACCCACAGAAGCAAUGGUCACAGCCUGGUCCAGCCUGCCAGUCCAAGAGGCCACGAGCCCAACAGCCUGGAGCAUGGGCUAGAAGAGGCAACAAGGAAGCGGGUCUCGUUGCCUCAGCGGCCUGCCCCACCUCGGGUGAAGUGGGCCCACACGGUCAGAGAGGACAGCCUCCCUGAAGAAUCCUCGUCACCUGAUUUUGGAGACCUGAAGCACUACAAAACACAGCAGACUCCUCCAAGCUCAGGCAGCACUCUAGACUCGCCUCUUGGGGCCCCAAGCACUCCAGGGAGGAUCUCCCUCCGAAUAUCUGAGUCGGUCCUGCUGGCCUCCCCACCACCUCGGGAAGAUGAUGAUGAUGAGGUGUUUGUGAAGGACUUGUACCCCAACGCCGCUUCCAGCCCCACAUUUGAACUUCCCCCACCCCCACCGCCUCCGCUGAGCCAGGACACCCCAGUGAAUAGCUUGGAUGACUUUCCUCCACCUCCUCCCCACGCUCUGUAUGAGGCAGAACUGGACAGUGAGGAUCACAAGGAGCCCUGUACCAGCAGCUCCAGCAAAUUUGCCAAGGUGACGGUUGCCAAGGAAAGGCCCAUGCCUGGUACAGUCCAUUUGGUUGGCAGUCAGAUACCAGCUUCCAGAUCGCAAACUUCUAUCAAGGGUUCAGAAGCCAACGAGACCAACCCAACCUCCACCAUGGGCGCUCUGCCCCAACUUGCUGGGGCUCUUGGCAAGCAGCCAGGCCCCGGGCAGCCAUCUCCCAUCCACAACCCAGUCAGUGGGACUCAGAGUUUAGAAAAGAAUGUUAGUUCUGGUCCUCAGAAGACCUCAGAAGACAUCAGAACAGAGGCUCUGGCAAAGGAAAUUGUCCACCAAGACAAAUCUCUGGCAGAUAUUUUGGAUCCAGACUCCAGAAUGAAGACAACUAUGGACCUGAUGGAAGGUUUGUUUCCCCGAGAUGUAAACUUGUUGAAGGAGAACAGCAUAAAGAGAAAGGCCAUGCAAAGAACUGUCAACUGUGCAGGAUAUGAAAGCAAGAGGAGUGAAGACAAGGAGGCAGUGGGCAUGCUGGUCAACUGUCCUGCCUACUACAGUGUGUCUGCUCCCAAGGCUGAGCUUCUGAACAAGAUCAAGGAUAUGCCAGAGGAGGUGAAUGAGGAAGAGGAGCAGGUGGAUGUCAAUGAAAAGAAGGUAAAAGAAGAAUUGAGGCCUGUGUUCUGCUCUCUCCAAAAAGAGAGUCAAGGUCCGAGCAAGGAUACUGGCUCCUUAGGGCAGGAGAGGAAGAAAGGUCUGUCACAUCACCAACCUUGCCCAUACGGUCCUUGGACUCCUGACUCACAUGGCACUUUGAGUGACUUCCUCAUAGCUUUCCUGUCAUUUUCAUCUUUACAGAUGACAAAAGUGAAAGUCAUUACAGGGAAUAAGUUACUUCCUAAAAGUCUCAUAGCUGAGACUGAAACCCAGGUGCCCUACCUUCACUUAGUCCAACACAGAGACCCCAGCUCUCUUCUCCGAGCUGACCAGCCAGUGCCCGCAGUCUGUAAUUUUCCUUUCAUGUUUCAUGUCCAAAAGGGAAACCAGACAAUAUAGAAACUUUAAGGAAAAAGACCGAUUGUCAAAAGACACUUCUGAGAGGUGGUAAUGUUAAUCUUUACGUUCCCCCAACUCUGUCUGCAGCACCCCAGUGAAUAGCUUGGAAGCACAGCACUGAAAUUUAGUUAGCAUUUGAUACUCCUACAGAAAUUUUACAUGUAAGACAUUUUAAAAAUGACACCAUGAUGCCGCUGCUGUCUUCCCACAUACCCUGAAGAUCUAAGCCCAGCUGCGCCUGCCGGGGAGAAAGUUCUUGCCAUUCUGCCUUCCCUACAGCCCCGGAAGGGCCACCUGCCACUGAGUUUUCAGCUCUUCAUACAAGCCAGGCCCGUACACUGAAAAAGGACUCUCUGUUCAAACGCUUGUCUCUUGCUGAGCCUGGAAUGUAAGUGGUUCUCAGUGGUACCAAUCCCAGGAGAAGCCUUCUUAGGUGAUUCUAUUUCAUUUACUCCAUGUGUCGCAGGCUCUCUUGUUUGUGUGUGGAACGAGACCACAGGACACAGACCCUCGAGCAGGGAGUAACGGGGCAGGAGGAUUUGGGGGUUUUAGAAGCACCUCUGUCAGGGGUGUUCUUCUCCCUCCCACUGCUCCUGGCUCCAUGGACGCACAAGUGCACGGCUGGCACUGUCGUACUGAGCUCUCCCAGCCCGAGGUUUUCCCAUUUAAACACCUGCUUCAUGGCUCCCCUACUUCCGGCAUAUCCCUACUUCAAAUGCCCCCGAAUGCCCCCAUUUAAUGGGUCCUCCGAUGAGGGAAAAAAACUACCUGCUCUAGUCUCUCUCUACUUAUCGCAAAGAGGGAGCUGUAUAAACACCAUUACAGGUACCAAGUUGCCAUGGCGCCUUUCACUGAAUAUUUUACACUUUUUUGUUUCAUUUUUUUGCAUGUAGAGAUACCCUAUUCUAUAGUAGCAGUGUGACAAAUUACUCAUUGCUUUUUAAAAAAAAAAUGCUUUCCCAUCAGUUUAUUAUCAGCCUCUCACUCUGAUGAUUAUAUGGCAAAAGUAUUUUUAGAUUGAGAUAAAGGCACAGAGGAUUAAUCCUCACAGGAAAUAACAUUAGGUACAAUGUGCUGAGCACUUCUUACCUUGUUAAGUGUGGGCUGUGUUUUUCAUAGUGCUAUAUUCUCUUUAUUUCCACAAAACUGCUCUGAUACCUAUACUGCCACAUUUUACACCGAAGUAAUCAGAAUGAGUCAGAAGGAGUCAGGGCAAGAGAAGAACAUCAGGCAUCCAAGACAAAGGGACUGGCCUGGGUAAAGACCCAGAGAUGUGGAAAAACACAGGGAGUGUCUGUACUGAAGAAAGGUAUCGCCAGCAGUUUGAUACUUUGGAAUGCCAAACAAAAAGGCUCAUGCCUCAGUUAGAAAUGACCAAAUUUAGAGGAUCACACAGGAAGGCAAUGGAUCCCAGAAGAUAAGGCUGGGAGGCUCCACAGGGGCCAGAAGGUCAUGGAGGUCACAUAGGGCUUUGUUUGAAAUGCUGAAGAGUUCAGAUCUUACUGCACGGCACUAGAGAAUCCUAUGAGAUGUUUUUAAUGAACUGCAAGCUUAUUCGUGCAUAAUAGAAUUUUCAUUAGCAUCAUUUGUGUUUAUAUUCCUGACUUAAAAACAGAAAAUAUGGAGCGCCUGGGUAGCUCAGUCAGUUACUCAUCCAACUUCGGCUCAGGUCAUGGUCUCGCGGUCCGUGAGUUCGAGCCCUGUGUCAGGCUCUGUGCUGACAGCCCAGAGCCUGGAGCCUGCUUCAGAUUCUGUGUCUCCCUCUGUCUCUUGCCCUCCCCACUCAUGUGCUCACUCUCUCUCUCUCAAAAGUAAACAUUAAAACAAUUUAAAAACAGAAAAUAUAAAGGGGCGCCUGGGUGGUGCAGUCAGUUAAGCGUCCGACUCUUGAUCUUGGCUCUGGUCAUGAUCUCGUGGUUUGUGAGUUUGAGCCCCACAUCCGGCUCUCUGCUGAUGGUGUGCAGCCUUCUUGAGAUUCUGUCUCUCCUUCUCUUUUGCCCCUCCCCAGCUUGUGUGCU